AUGGCAAGCCACGCUGCGGACCCUCCGCCCUUAGGAGCAAAUCUCAACGAGUCCGAAGUCCAGCAGAAUGAAUUAGAGGCAACUCAAGAGCAACAGCCCUCUACUCACUUGCAAGGGUGGGCACUAGCUUCUCUGACUAUCGCCUUCAUGGCCGUUUGCUUUGUGCUGGCACUUGACAAUACAAUUUUGGCGACGGCAAUACCCCAGAUCACCAGUGAUUUCAAAAGUCUCAAUGAUAUCGGUUGGUAUGGAUCCUCCUACCUGAUCGCGCAGAUGGCAAUGCUGCCAACGUGCGGCCGCCUCUACGCCUUUUACAACAUCAAGUGGAUGUACUGCAUAUCUCUCGUCAUCUUCGAAGUCGGCUCCGUUCUCUCUGCCGUCGCACCGAACUCAAUGGCCCUCAUCAUCGGAAGAGCCGUUUCUGGAGUGGGAGCUGCCGGUUUAGUGAGCGGAACUACAACUAUCCUGUCGUACUGUGUCCCGUUGGAAAAGCAGGCAAACCUAUCACCGGUCAUUUUGGGUCUUGUCUAUAGUACCGGAUCAGCCAUAGGACCGCUGGUAGGUGGUUCCAUCACGGACAACAAAGCGCUUUCUUGGCGCUUCAUCUUUUGGCUCAACCUUCCCUUUGGAGCUAUCGGCCUGGCUCUCAUCUGGCUCAGCUUAAGAAACUCUCCACCUGCCGUUAAGGGCGACCUGCCGUGGAAGGACAAGAUACGCCAACUCGACAUGCUAGGCGCCACGCUACUCCUCGGUGCAACAUCCUGUUUGAACCUCGCUUUACAGUGGGGCGGAAUUGCGUAUCCAUGGUCUAAUCCCAAGGUAUUCGGAUGCCUGGUCGGAUUUGUUCUGCUACUUAUUUCCUUCGUUGGUUUACAAGCCCUAGGCAAAGAAACUGCCACUGUUCCCCUCCGUAUCUUGCGAGGCCGGACUGUCGUCGCAUCAUGUUGUUUCAUGAUGCUAGUUCAAGUGGCUAUAGUACUGCACUCGUACUACUGGCCAGUUUACUUCCAGUCGGUCAGGAACAACAGCGCCAGAGACUCAGGCAUAUUUCUACUGCCAAUCAUCGUGUCUAAUAGUCAUGGUACACUAUGCGCGGGCUGGAUCUCAUCCAAGUCUGGUCACUACGUCCCUUUGAUGUGGAUCGGUGCUCCUUUCUUGGCCGUUGGAGGCGGUCUCUACCAAUUGAUGUACUCUCAAAGCCCGCGCGGGCAAUGGGUACCAAUCCAAAUCGCAUCUGGGCUUGGGUAUGGGAUGUGCAGCCAGAUGCCGAUUCUUGCGGUCCAGGUAGUUCUCGACAAGACGGACGUGCCGACGGGCCUCGUACUUAUUAUGUUCUUUCAGAUGCUCGGGGGUGCUCUAGCUCCCAGUAUCGGACAGAAUCUCUUCACGGAUGCACUCUUGCGACUUCUUAACGCAAUCGAGGGAAUCGAUGGCGCAGCUGUGGUAGCGGUCGGUGCAGGGGAGUUCAGGAAGAUUGUCCCCCCGCAGCUUUUGGAAGCUGUCGUCAAUGCGUUCAACUCUGCUUUGAAAAAGGUCUUCUGGGUUGCCCUUGCUACCCCGGCCCUUGCUUGGCUGGUCAGCUGGGCCAUGGAGUGGCGGCAGAUACCUAACACCAAGAGUCGGACUACGGAAGACCCCGAGGUAGUAUCUCUGAGGAAUCUGUAG